CACUUAUUUUUCCCUCAAACCUAACACCUCUUUUUCACCGUCUUUAUAAAUAUCUUCACAUUUCCCACUUAUCUCUUCAAGCAUCUCUACUAAACCCUAAAAUUCUAAUCUUCCUUAUCCAAUUUCCACAAACAACAAAAAUAUGCCUUUAAUUCCAGAAGAACCUUUGCUCGCUUCAAGCCCAGAUCGUUUCUGUAUGUUUCCAAUUCAAUACCCACAAAUUUGGGAAAUGUACAAAAAAGCCCUUGCAUCUUUCUGGACUGCAGAAGAAGUUGAUUUAUCAGACGAUACACGUCAUUGGGAAACCCUAACCCCAGGCGAACGCCAUUUCAUCACUCACGUGCUUGCAUUUUUUGCUGCAUCAGACGGCAUCGUUUUGGAAAACCUAGCAGGAAGGUUUAUGAAAGAUGUACAGGUGGCAGAGGCGCGUGCAUUCUACGGUUUCCAAAUCGCGAUUGAGAAUAUCCAUUCUGAGAUGUACAGUUUGCUGUUGGAAUCUUACAUUAAAGAUUCCGAAGAAAAAAACAGGUUAUUCCGUGCAAUUGAAACUAUACCUUGUGUUGAAAAAAAAGCAAAAUGGGCUUUACGUUGGAUUGAUGGAUCUGAAACAUUUGCUGAACGUUUAGUUGCUUUUGCUUGUGUUGAAGGAAUUUUCUUUUCUGGAAGUUUCUGUGCUAUAUUUUGGCUUAAAAAAAGGGGAUUAAUGCCUGGAUUAACCUUUUCAAAUGAGUUAAUUUCAAGAGAUGAAGGUUUACAUUGUGAUUUUGCGUGUUUGCUUUAUAGUUUAUUAAGGACUAAGUUAACUGAGGAGCGUGUUAAGGGAAUUGUUGCUGAUGCAGUUGAGAUAGAAAGGGAGUUUGUAUGUGACGCGCUUCCUUGUGCGCUUGUGGGGAUGAAUGGUGAUUUGAUGAGUAAAUAUAUUGAGUUUGUGGCUGAUAGAUUGUUGGAUGCUUUGGGUUAUGAUAAGAUGUAUAAUGCUCAGAAUCCAUUUGAUUGGAUGGAAUUGAUUAGUUUACAAGGGAAGACUAAUUUCUUUGAGAAGAGAGUUGGGGAGUAUCAGAAAGCUUCAGUUAUGAAUAGUUUGAAUGGUAAUGGUGGUGAUACCCAUGAAUUCAAGCUGGAUGAGGACUUUUAAGUUUAGUAUUCUAGGUUAUUUUAUUUUUAUUUUUUUAUUAUCUUGGUAUGAUUAGUUUAUGUUGUUCUUUUAAGGCUGGUUAUAGUGUUUGUGUCUUAUUAAUAUCAGUGGAAGUGUUGUAAUAAUUGGUCUAAUGUUGGUUGUUCAAUGUCCUCAAUGAAAUGUGCUUUUACGGUAUAAGAAGUUGCUUUACCAAA